AUGACUCUCUGGGGUCAAGACACGAUCAAGGACGUCGCGGAAUCUGUGGGAAUCAUCAACCUUAACAAGGAUGUCAACCAAGCACUUUGCCGAGAUGUGGAAUACCGAAUAUCGCAAGUUCUGCAAGAAGCCCUCAAAUUCAUGAAACAUGCCCGAAGAACGAUCCUCUGGUCUCAAGACAUCGCGCAAGCGUUGCGCGUACUAGACAUUGAACCCCUCUACGGCUACGAGACGACGAGACCACUGCGGUACGGCGAGGCAUCCCUAGGGCCAGGACAACCACUGUUCUACGUGGAGGACGAGGAGAUGGAUUUUGAGAAGCUCAUCAACGCGCCUCUCCCGAAGGUGCCGAGGGAAGUUUCGUUUACAGCACACUGGCUAGCAGUCGAAGGCGUGCAGCCAUCAAUUCCUCAGAAUCCUACCUCCAACGAAGCAAGAAACCUCGAACUUCUUCCGAAAGGACCGAAUGCGAAUCCCGCCCUGGCUGCGAUGACAGGUACAGAAAAUACCACGACGAAGCCUCAAGUCAAGCACAUUCUAUCGAAAGAACUACAACUAUACUUUGAGAAGGUGUGCGCGUCGGUCCUGGACGAGACACAGCCAGAAUAUCGGACGGCAGGCCUUGCGAGUUUGAAAGAUGACCCCGGUCUGCAUCAGCUGGUGCCUUACUUUGUGCAAUUCGUCGCCGAGAAGGUCACGCAUAACAUGAAAGAUCUGUUUGUCCUGACGCAGAUGAUGCUGGUUACGGAUGCAUUGACGAGGAACGAGAAACUCAAUCUGACUCCAUAUGUUGCCUCAAUGGUCCCUCCUGUAUUGACUUGUCUGAUCGGACGGACGCUGGGUAGCGGUAUCGGCACCCUCGAUCAUUACGACCUGCGCGACCUAGCUGCGUCACUGCUAGGACACCUCUGCAAGAAAUACUCGAAAUACUCACAUAAUCUCAAGCCGAGACUGGCGCGAUCCUGCCUUAAGACAAUGCUCGAUCCGAAAAAGCCUUUUGGAAGUCAUUACGGUGCAAUUCUUGGAUUAAAAGCCAUUGGAGGUGCGGAGGUGGUGCGGCAGUUGAUCGUGCCGAAUCUCAAAGCAUACGGAGAACUAUUGGAAGAAGAUAUUUCAAGUGACGGUAUGAAGAAGGCCGAAGCGGAAAAGGUCAUGAGCGCAAUACUCAAUGCGCUUGGGGCACUCGUCGACGAUGAUAUCCCCAUGAUGAACGGGCAUUCUGAAGAGGCUAUGAACGACAUGCGGACGAAGCUGGCUGAGAAGAUCGGGACAGUGGUCGGGCAUCGAAUCGGAGACUCGGGCCAUACAAGGUUGGCAAAGGCUGUCCUCGAGGACAAUUUUGUGGGACUGUGA